CUCUGUGGCUACUGUGAAUUGACUGGUGUUGAGUGUUGACUGUUGAGAUUCUGCAAUAGCGUAAAAAUUUUGUUGUAUUUACCUAAUUUCUAGAAGUUGCAAAAAAUAUAUUUCACACACAUAUAAAAUCAUGGAUGUCAAAGAAUGUAACGAUUUAUCUGAGGAGAAUCAAUUCGUUGUGGACGAUGUAAGUAAAAUUAUAAAAGAAGCUAUUGAAAAUUCAAUCGGGGGUACUGCUUAUCAGCACAACAAAGUUAGCCAGUGGACUUCGGCUGUCGUAGAAUCUUGUUUAGGACAGUUGACAAAACUUCAAAAACCAUACAAAUACAUUGUGACUUGUACAAUCAUGCAGAAGAAUGGCGCUGGGCUUCAUACAGCAUCGUCCUGUUACUGGGACAACAACACAGAUGGCUCUUGCACUGUGCGCUGGGAGAACAAGACCAUGUACUGUAUUGUAUCUGUGUUCGGUCUCGGAAUCUAGCCGUGUUAUUACGCAAAAAUACUUAACUGUACUCUAUAUUAUUUAUGUUUUGUCAAAGCACACAACUUCCAAUUCCUAAAAUAUAAGCAGUAUGCAUAUUUAAAAUUGUAUUCUUAUUUUUUAUAACACUCGCUUAUUUAGAGAUCUAGGAGCUUCUUGAAUAAAAUUAACGAAAUAAUCUAGCUGAUAUGUAGCUUAUUAAUAAUUAUACUUAUUCCUGCUCAUUUUUUUUAUUUAGUUUUUGUAACAAAAAAAUUUUAAGUUCAUCAACAAUCAAAAUUAAAAUACUUAGAAAAGUUCUUUGCUUUAUCUUAAAUUGCAAUUAAGUUAAUGUAGUCUUCUAAUCUUAAUUCUAAGUAAGUAGGAUAUAUUUUCAUACACAAUAAAAAAAAUAUACAAAACCC